AUGUCAAGAGCUUUUGAUUCCAUCCAUCGCGAUCUCCUCAUGAGGGUUCUACGGAGUUUCUUAGAUGAAGAUGCUAUCAGAAUGAUACAGGUCUUAUUGGCAAAAACGGACCUCACUGUUCGCCUUGGGACAACGUCGUCCAGAUCCUUCCCAACAAAUGUGGGAACCCCCCAAGGAGACUCUCUCUCGCCUCUGUUAUUUGUGAUCUACCUUGAGGCUGCUUUACGAGAGCUGAGAGGUCUAUAUGACAAGUCAAUAACUGAAGUGAUUUACGCUGACGACGUCGACUUUGUGUCCACUGACAAAUCCGCCCUACUCAGACUAUUGGAGAUUGCACCGGAUAAACUUGGAGAAUGGUUCUUAAUCAUGAACACGGACAAGACUGACGUGGUCGAUGUAUCACGCUCGGAUACCCAAACUAUGGAAAAAUGGAGACUUUCGAAGAAGCUUGGCUCUCUGCUUGGAGACCGAGAAGACAUCAUGCGGAGAAAGCUACUGGCCGCUGUUGCUCUAAAAUCUGUCAUGAAAGAUUGGCUACGAUAUUGUCCCGGGAACCCAUCACUACGCUCUAGAAUCUACAACGCUUUUGUCAAACCGGUACUACUGUACAACUCAUCUACAUGGGGCAUCUCUGACACCGAACUAAAGAAUCUUGACUCGUUUCACAGAAAACAGCUUCGCGUCCUAAAUGGCCUGCAUUGGCCUAAGAAAUUAACAACUCAUCGCUCUACAAACUCAGUAACUCGGUGCCAGUCAGCCAGGACAUCAUAG